UUGUCAGUUGUAUACCUCCCACUUCCACGUUAAGUUUGUGUAAGAGUGUAAGCAUACAAAAAUGCUAUUUACCGAGAGAUACAUCGGCUUCAGUAACUUAAGUUGUACCCCAAAAUAUCAUCUCAAAGAUUUAGUACAGAAUUUCGCGUUUCGGAAAGAAGGUGUCUUUUGGAUAAUAAAUUUAAUUUAGCGACAAUCUAUCAAUAUGACUAAUAAAAAAGGUAGUUACUACAGUGAUUAAGUUUGGGUUUUAUUAAAACAAACAAAAACAGAUGACCAUGGUUUGGAGCAAGGCAUCUUCAGACGUUGUUGUUAUUUUUGGCAUUACUAAUAAGUUUUAUUGAGAGGCUAAGUGUAUCGGUAGCUCUGGUGGCUAUGACAAAUGCUGCGAGUACAAAUUCUAAAUUUCAUGAAUUUGCUUGGGAUGAAAAGCAAAGAUCUUACAUAAUAAGCGCAUUUUACUGGGGUUAUGUUAUCACUCAACUCCCUGCUGGAUAUAUGGCUUCAAGGAUCGGAGUGAAAUUGAUGAUGUUACUGUCAAUUCUGUGCUGUACAGUUUGCACUCUGUUAAUACCCUUGUGUGUAACUUGGGGUGGUUGGCAAAUUUAUUGCAUAAUACGUUUUAUACAGGGCCUUUGUCAAGGUUUCCUUUUCCCUUUGGUUCAUGAUCAUUUGGCCACAUGGUCACCAUGUGAAGAACUUACCCGCCUUGGAGGACUCAGCCACACUGGUCUUGAAUGUGGGUCGAUUUUGGCAAUGGCUCUUUCAGGACUCAUAGCUGGUUCACCUUUAGGAUGGCCUGGAUCUUUUUAUGUCUCUGGAGGAAUUGGUCUGGUAUUUUGCGUGAUUUGGAUUAUCUUUGCUGAAAACAGUCCGUCAAGGUCGAAAUCUAUAACUUUGGAGGAAAAAGAUUAUAUUCUUGGAUCACAGUCAAAAGCAAAGGAUUCUCGGACGGCUAAGAUUCCUGUUCCAUGGCGAGCAAUAUGUACGUCCAUUCCGUUUUUAUCUCUGAUAUUUGUUGGAAUGUGCCAGUUGUGGGGCUUCGCGACUAUGCAGGCUUAUAUUCCACCAUAUAUGCAUGGAAUACUCAAGGUUCACAUCAACAGGAAUGCGAUAUUUUCGAUGUUACCCUUUGUGGCAAUGUUGAUUUUCUCGUUCGUCUUCACUCUGGUUGCGGACUUAGUUCUGAGGAAGAAUUGGGUGUCAUUAGGAGUGGUUCGUAAAACAGUAAAUACAUUUGCAAUGUGGCCACCAGCUGUGUUAUUACUUGCACUCGGAUUUCUUGAUCAAAGCCAAACAGCUUUGGCCUUAACGUUCAUGAUUUUGAAUGUGGGAUUGGGUGCUGGACAUACAAUUGGAGCUGUGCUAAAUAUCAUUGACUUGUCGCCAAAUCAUGCGGGAGUCCUGAUGGGAAUACUCAAUGCACUUUGUAAUAUUAUUCCUAUAAUUUCGCCUCUUGUAAAUGGAAGGAUUCUGAGUGACGAGACUGAUCGAAGCCAAUGGCAAAUUGUGUUUCUUAUAACAGCAAUAAUAUAUUUGGUUGGAAACUUACAAUUCCUUUUUCUUGGCUCUACAAAUACACAAGCCUGGAAUGAUGAAUGCUAUUUAAGAAAUCGGGACGUCAAGAGCAAAGAUAGGAAGCAAACAAGAAUUGAAGAGGGAACUCGAACACAAGAAUCUUGUGACCUUUAAUAUCUCGAAAUUAAUUAAUGUUUAUAUUUAUUUGAUUUUAGUUGUUAAAGCUUUUUAUGUAUACCAUAAGUUCCUAAUAUUUUUGUUUCUCGUUGACCAAAAAUAUCAUUAGUUAAAAAUAAAUCAUUAUUUUACUAAAGCAGUA